AACGUCAAAGCCCGGCGUCCUCCGACAUCCGGAGCAGAGGAAAGGCGCGCUGCGCAGCGGCGGCAGCAGCCCCAGCUGAACCAAGACCCAGCGACACGGAGCUGACGUGCGAAGCAGCGCGAGCGAGGCGUGAGGGCGGUGCCCGCGCCCGUGAAGACCUCCUCCGCACAAACCGCGGCGUACCAGACCCAGGUCCGGGAUUCCGAGGCCCCGCCUCUCGGGCCUUGGGACUAAUCGGAUAGAGAGCGCGCGGGCCCUGGCCGCGAACUCGCCAAUUGCGGAGGGCGUCGGCCACCGCCCAAUCCGGAGCAGACAGGUGCGAGGUCCGGAAGGCGGAGACCAAUCAGCAGCGGUUGCGACCUGUUGGAGUCGUUCUCUACCAUUGAGGAGGCCCGAGUGACAUCUUCGCUCACCAAUCGGGAGUGAGGGAGCGUUUGUGCCCGCCCGCCCUUCCGGCCUUAGCUCUAUUUACCAGGGGCGUGCAUCCCGCCUGCCAAUCAGAGCGCGGCUGAGUGGCCAGUCAGCCAACCCCGGAGGAGCGGCCGGCCGGUGUCCCCCGCGCCCAGGAGUUGGGGAUGUCCUACAAACCCAUCGCCCCCGCCCCCACCAGCACCCCGGGCUCCAGCACCCCUGGGCCUGGCACCCCAGUCCCUACAGGUGAGGAUCCAGUUCCACCACUGCUCGCGUGCCCGGGCGUUCGAGGUCUCGAAGAGAAGAUGGCCUGAGUUCUGCAGUACUGGGCCUGCCGCCUAUCCUCCCUGAGCCUCACUUUGCUGGCCUGUGAAGUGGGCGUGGUCGUCCGGAAGUGUCCCAUCGCCGUCGGGCUCGGUGCCGGGAGCCGCUGCCCCUUUCAGACCACUGUUUAACGACUUUGGACCGCCCUCCAUGGGCUAUGUGCAGGCAAUGAAGCCCCCCGGCGCUCAGGGUUCCCAGAGCACCUACACGGAUCUGCUGUCUGUCAUCGAGGAGAUGGGCAAAGAGAUCCGGCCCACCUAUGCUGGCAGCAAGAGCGCCAUGGAGCGCCUGAAGAGAGGUCACCUGCUUCUCCCUGGCCUUCAUCCCGAGUUGCGCUUCCUGUCCUGUGUCCCUUGGUGGGUGCCCUCCAGAAACCAGGGGUGGUUCACUCCAGUCGGCAGCACUAACUGGGACCCCUGCCAUAGUCAGCAGCAAGGUCACUGUGAGUCCCACCCAUGACCUGCCAAUGGUGUUGAUCCAACUGGAACUUUCUCCUUUCUGUGGCCCUCAGCACUUACCCAGGACUUCUCACCACUUUGUCCCAGACCCCUUCUCCCCCAGUGGGGCCUCAGAAGGCCUGUCACCUCCCUGCCUUGUCUCCUGGGCCAUAGCCACUCUUUUCUCAGUGUGUCUUUUGCUAAACAUGCCCUUUUUGUAUAAAUAAAAGAUAAUUUGGAGUUGUUCUCUCA